AUGCCCGACGCUUUCUUCGUCUCGAAUAAGACGCGUAAGCGGAAGCGCUCCUUAGGAGUCAAAUCUGCCUCCAGUUCAAGAAAGCAAGUCAAUGGGAAAGGACGACCUGAAGGCAAGGCUCCAAACACAAAGAAGCGAAAGGACGAAGAACUCGAGUCGGACGCGACCAGGAGUGAUGAAGAUAUUGACGACUUAGACUUGCGAGCCUCUGAAAGCGACCCAAAUGCUAGCGGUGAUGAGGAUGAGCUCGAGACGCCUGCGGAGAAGCGUCUUAGGCUUGCGCAGGUAUACUUGGAUAGCGUGAAAGAGGAGCUUGCAAUGAAUGCUGGCGAAGUUGAUGCUGCAGAACUUGACCGCGAAAUUAUCGCGUCGAGGCUAAAACAAGAUGUUAUGCAGCAUAGUGGAAGGAUGCACAGAUUCUUAGCAGCCUCCCUUUAUGUCCCUGAUGAACCGCUAUACCUCCGAACACGCGGGCACCGUCAAGCCGUCACAGGGGCCGUUGCGAGUCCGAGUGGGAAGUAUCUGUUCACCUCUGGGAAAGAGGGCUCAAUAAUCCGAACGGAUUUGUCGACCGGAAAACCCGUUGCGACGUUCUACAAGCUGAAAUUGGGUGGACAUACAGAGGGAAAGGGGAAAGGAAAGGCAAUAGCGGAUGUACACGGCCAUACAGAUGAGGUGCUUGCUCUUGCUCUGAGUGAUGACGAGAAACUCCUAGCGAGUGGAGGAAAAGACAAGAAGCUUAUUGUAUGGGAUGUGGGGAAAAACGAAUGGCUCCGGAGCUUUGGCGGACAUAAAGACACUAUUUCUGGUUUAGCCUUCCGUAAAGGCACUAACCAAGUUUAUACCGCAUCGCUGGAUCGAACGCUGAAACUAUUUGACUUAUCGCCGAAUGUCAUGGGCUAUGUCGACACACUUUUCGGACAUCAGGACCAUGUGGUCUGUCUGGAUGCUCUUCGCGCCGAGACCGCUGUUAGUGUCGGUACCCGGGAUCGUACAGCACGCUUUUGGAAGGUUGUCGAUGAGACACAAUUAGUCUUUAGAGGGGGAGGAGUUAGCAAAGUGCGUGAGGUUCUGGAAGGCGGACUAGAGGGUCUUGAUGAUGAUGAAGGUACCCAUCUGGGAAAGAGAGUAGAGAAAAGAUACGAAGAGGGGUCUCUUGAAUGUGUUGCAAUGAUUGAUGAAAGUACUUUCGUUACGGGUGGGGAUAGCGGCUCUUUAUCAAUAUGGACUACUGGGAAGAAAAAGCCGAUAUUCACACAAGCUCUCGCACAUGGAAUGCAUGACACGUAUUCCGAGACAGAAGGGGUUGUGUCUACUCCACGCUGGAUUACGUCCAUAGCUUGUCUUCGCUACGGGGACGUGCUAGCAUCGGGUUCGUGGUCUGGGCAGGUCCGUUUAUGGAAGAUCGCUGUCGACUCAUCGAACAAGUCUCGACCUCUCAGCUUGACGUUAAUAGGAGAGCUUCCAGCUCCUGGCUUUGUGAACUCGGUGCAAGUGUUAUUAGUGCCGCGUACGGCAACUGAUGGGUGGGAGUGGCUUGCAGCGAAGAGGGAUAAAGCAGCAGGGAAUAGUUCACAACCAAAUGGAGAUUCCGUUCUAGCAACAAACGAAAGGCAUGCGAAGGAGAGUCUUAUUGUUGUCGCUGGACUGGGUCGCGAACCGCGGUUAGGGCGUUGGAUGACAUUGAAGGGCGACGGUGCUUCAAACGGAUCGCGUGUAUUCGUCCUUCACCAAAAGUAAUUUUACGCUCUAGCGUACUAACGCACGAUCCGCACUCUGUCGUUUAUUAUGCGUUGUUACAGUAUAGAUUGUGCCUGUACUUUUUGCAUACCGUUGCUUUUU